UAAAGAAGAAAACCAAACUUUUUUGUUCUUCCACAGUGGUUUCUCACUUUUCAGUAAUUGCUUUCUAGUUUCUUUCUUCCCAAAAACCUAAAACCUAGUUACAGACCCGAGAGAGAGAGAGAGAAUUUUCUUCCACGGUAUUUUUUAUUUUGCUUUUUUUAAUCAUAAACCUGUUUCUUCUCCCCAAACUCCAGCCACAGACCAGACUUUGUGUUGACUUGCGGAUUUGGGUCUUGAUAUUGGAAACAGAAAAAAAAGGAAGUGAGAACUUGGAAAGCUAAGGAAAAGAAGAAGAGAGAGAAAUCCCAAAGAAAUAACCAGUUCUUGCUCUUUUGCUCCUCUGCGUCUUGCAACCAUGGCUUGUUCCUCUGCUCCAUCCUUAUCGGUCCUAGCUGCUUUGCUCUUGAGUUUAGGCAUUGCACUGGUCUUACCUCAAUUAGUUGUGUGCGUUGCGACCAUGACUCAUUCCAAGGGCCCACAAAACUUUGAUCUGUCUUUAUCAACCCCAACAUUGACAUAUGAAUACGAGGUCUUUGUUAGUUUUCGUGGAGCCGAUACCCGCACAAGCUUUACUGCCUAUCUCUUCGCUGCUUUAGACCGUAAAAGGAUUGUUGCCUAUAGAGACGACAGAAACCUCCUAAGAGGGGGAGAGAUUGGACCCGAGUUGUUGAAGGCAAUUGAGACUUCAAGGAUUGCAGUUGUUGUGUUCUCGAAAAGCUAUGCUACUUCGGAUUGGUGCUUGGAUGAGCUGGUGAAGAUAAUGGAAUGCAAAAGGGUGUUCAACCAAAGUGUGCUGCCUAUUUUCUAUGAUGUGUCUCAAUCUGUGGUGCUAGAACAGAAGGGAGUUUUUGCGGAGGCACUCCUGAAUGGCCCCGUAGACAAGGUGAACAAUUGGAGAACUGCAAUGACGGAGGCUGCAAAUUUGGCGGGCUUUCAUUUGGAACAUCGGUGUAAUUUUUAAAAUACCGAGUUUGUUGGUGCCUUUAAUUCAGAGAUUGAAAGUAUUCCAACUGAUGUUGCAGUUACUAUUGAUUAUGAAAUGUGUUACCUUGUAUUCUGUUAAAUGUUGAGCAAUGUUAAGUACCUACUUGGCCCUUUCUCGAUCCAUUUUCCUUAUUUAGUUAAUAUGUUACUACAAUUCAAUAAUACAUAGUUUUGGUCUUUCAAUUACUAGAUUUUUAUUGUUGGAUGAUGCUUUUGUUAUUAUAAUCUUGAUGAUUUUUUCCUUUGA